CCUGCCCAGGGUUUUCCGUCACGGCACCAUCACGGCACUCUGGACGAAGGCAACAUCUCAUAGCAGCGCACUCUAAUCUCGUACGUUUCAGACCACGCCAGCGCCAAAUCCAGCGUGCCGGGUCCAGCAGCUUUGAUCCUUAGGCCCCUGCAAGAUGAAGGGUUCGCAUUGUCUGAUGGCACGUCUGGUGCGCCUGUUCUGACCUCUUACCGUUCCUCUACAGCCGCGUUGGUCGGAUGUUCUGCCAAAGACGCAUACCAAGAUGAAGGAGCAUCGUUUGCGUUAGCGGUUCAGCCUCAGCGCUUAUAUGUCCGGUGAUUGACGGUCAGUUACCAUUUCAGCCACAUCAUUGUCCACAUUCGCGCUGUCAAUAGGUACUCGGGUCCCUGUCAAUGUUCUUGAUUCAUACUCGCAACUUCUCUUUGACUCUCUCUGCUACCUUCCCUGUACUUUCACGGAUACCAUCUCUGCUCUGGCAAUGUUCGGAACAUGUCGUCCAAGUUCUUUACCUGGACGAAAGGCGACCGCAAGUAUGCCCCAGAAGGACAUCGCUCGGCUGGUGUGGUACCCAUACCCGCCGAGUGUAUCAGCAUCAAAGGAAUGGAUCUCGAACAAGGAGCAAAGGAUAUUGGCAGGUCCCGGCGCGAAGCAAUACCACCGUCCUUCGAUUUAGAGUCAAUGUCGCCAUUGCAGCAUGCACCUGUGCACAACGAGUCUAUCGCGCUACAUGAUGCUGCCGUGCAAUCCGCGACAAGUCUCAUGGCGGUCAUGAACGACAUGCUUCGCUCACCACACAUAUCCGCACAUCUGUCAGCGCAGCGUGGUAACGGCCUUACGCCGAUGUAUGGAAGACCGAGAUCACAUACAGCACCAUCUACACCUCUCGUCGAGGCACCAUCUGUGGGACCGGUCGAACUACCCGGCUCUCUCCUUGCAAGCAAGCGCUCGAUACUCUCGCUACACCAGUCAAUAGACGGCACUGCCACCAAACCGGUCGUCCAGUCUCCGGUUCAAACUGCACUAGGUACGAGCAUUGUGAGGCCCCGGAGCAGUCCGCAAGAGGCAACUUACAGCCUGCCACAUGUUCCCGUUCGUAGUAGCGACGGGUUUCCACUUCAGACCUCCCUGUAUCCAUCUGCGCAGCUGUCACCUCGAUCUCAAAGUAGCAGCCCGCAACGGUUCUCGAGAAAGUUCGGUAACGCGACGCUUCCAAUAGCUGGCGAUGAUCUCUUUGAAACUCGCCAUGUUGGAGAAACGAUGCAGGCCGCAAAACGCCCCUCGCUGUAUGCUGUCUCGUCACGGCUCUCUCAGCGCUCGAGUGUUGGAACAGGAAGCAACUCCUCUAGAGUCGGCAGCAGCUCGGCCGUACCGCAGCUGACAACAUCUGUAACGAAACAGUCUUGUUCGCAAUGCUCGAAUUUACAGCAGCAAGAUGUUGAACGGGCACUGCUUGAGCACAUAACCAUCAUGCGAUCAACGCACGAAGCUCACCUCCAUAGCUUACGUGAAGCACACCUAAGGGAGCUCGAGUCCAGCCGCUCGUACAUAGAGUUCUUGGAAAGCCGACAUGGGCUCAGUGAUCUGCGUCAGGGAGUCAGCAAGCGAGAGCUGUCUCUCGAUACCUCGCAUGUGCGAGUCAUGAGUGACGAGAUGCAUAGUGCAGGAGCUUCAGCGACUACUCAACGAUCAUCCAGCUCACUCGAAAGUCAGAAGCGAGCGUCGCAAGAAGCAGUCGCGGAGGCAGAGGCGCUGAAGCGUAAGUUAAGCCUUGUGAGGAAGGCGCAAGCAGAGUCCGGUGAGGUACGUCGGGAACGCGACCAUCUCCGCGAUACGGUGGAGACAAGCGACCGUCGCAUCAUCCAACUCAAAGACAUCAUGCGGAAGUCCAAGGAGCAGGAAAAGACGCUUCGAAACACUGUUGCGGACCUCGAGGGCCGCCUCGCCGCUGCGAAUAUUGAGCGAACCGAUGUCCUCGAAGGCUUUCACGAGGCCUCGCAGCAGAUACUCAAACUUAGCGCAAGCGAACAGUCACUCAGGCAAGAAGUCCAGGAUCUGCGCAGCCGGCUCAUCCACGCCAAUGGUCGGCAUGCUUCUGACACGACACUUGCACUACCGGAGAAGAACAGCCAAUGCCGUCCCAGGCACAUUCGUACCAAGUCGGAUGUCGGUGGGAUUGCUGGCAACCAAGAUCCGAUCCUGCAGCAGAAUCUGGAGUUGCGACGACUUCUGGCGGAGGCGAAAGGCAAGAUCAGUCGCUUAGAGCAGAUGCCACCAGUGUUACAGACAGAUGCGGAUGCCGCAAGAAUGACACAGCUUCAAGCGUCAUUGCGCGAUCACAAGCAUAUGCUCGCCGUAGCACGAGCUGAUUCAGAGCGAUAUAAUGGUCUUCUACACAGCGAGUUGCGCCGACAGAGUCGCUUCGCAGCUCAGCACAUUCAAGCUGCAACGCCGAAGGUUGAAGGUAAUGCGUUGUUGGACGCCACCGAGAAGGCCAAGAUCGUUUCCCAGUCUACAAGGACAGCUAACCUUGAGCAAGAUAUGCAGUCAUUAGGACGGGAAGUUGAGUACUGCCUAAAGGAAAUAGUGCUUUACAAGCUGGACGUUAGAGGCUAUAGGAAGGAUCUCAAGAAAGCGCAGGCGACAAUCGCAAAGCUUCAGGCUGUACAGAGUGCAAGACCGCCCACGCCGGACGGUGACAGCGCAUCCAGCGUCCAUAGUAGCGGGAGUGCUGAUCCGGAACGGCCAGCCGCACAAGAUGGCGAUGCGCUAUCAGGCCUCGGGAUUGCGCUUAAAGAAGGUCCAGAUACAGCCCAGAGAACGGUUGCUUCCGCCACUGCUGCAGCGUUGAGAUCCAAAACACCACCCCUAACGUUUACAGUCGGCAGCCCACCACACCGACCCAGGACACCCAUGGGCGUGCACAAGAAGCUUCCAAAGCCGCCGUCUGCGCGUACGCCAAGCCCGUUGCCAGAAACAGAGCCUGCUACUGUGAAGCUACAAAGAGGCGCAACUCUUCGUUCACUGUCCGAGUCCAUUAUUUCCUCUUACGCCAAGCGUAACACGCCUGAACUGGACAUCGGUGUAACACAUUCGGCAGUCAGACAAGAGGACAUACAAGCACGGCCAUCGGGCUCUCACCCGCCCAUGCCGGCAAUGUCCGCAGCGCCGACUGAUUGAUACAAUAUCUAAUGAAAGUUUGGCGUCAUGUGUGUUUCAAGUCACUACACUAACGUGAUGAUAAGGAGACUGGAAUAUGGCAAUAUAUAGCCGACAUUAAUAGAUAUAACGAUGCU